AAAAAAAAAAAAAAAAAGUCGGCAAGGCCACACCAAUCUCGCCAAACGAUCGUCGUUUGAGAGCCACACGCAGCUUCUCGCAUACGCUAAAUCAAAUAUAAAUAAAAAAAGAACACUUUUCGCCUCCGACCGCUACUUUCACUCUUUAUAUUUUGGUUUACUUGUUUUUUCCUUUGCGUCGUCUUCAGUCGAUCUGUGUGGUUGAAUUCUGCAUCUCCAUAUGUUUUUCGACUAAAGAGACAUUCACUGGACAAGAGACAGAGUCGCGGCUCAUUGAGCAACGCUCUUCCCUCCCAGGAUCAGGACCUGGCGGACGUGUAGACGCUCUAUUAGAAUCCGUCUACCGCCCCGUCCUGAACUGGCGAUCUUCCCCCACCCCUCUCGCCAUUAUGCCGUCGUUCUUCGCCCCGGGCCUCCAGGGCCUGCCUCCUACUCCUCCUCACAUCCUCGGUGGUGCUGGAAUGGAAAAUGAACCUCCUUUCUACGUGGUCGGACAGUCUGCGUUCCCUCCCCGUUACUCUCAGAACGGUUGUGAGUUCAUCGAACAGUACUCUCAGUCCACCGGUUAUGCGAAAACCGGUCCGAUGAACCUGCACGCGCAGUCCGCCCACCCCAGAGAUCUGGCCUCCGCCACUGCCGCUGCCCAUCCCGCGAUGGCCCCCCAGUUCUCCCAGCCCAUGUUCGGUCCGAUGGCCACCGCCAACGUGCUGCCCCCCAUCCGGAACAACGUCCAGCUCCCGCCGAUGGAGAAUGCGAUCUCGCAGCAGUACGGUCGACAAGACAUGAUGGCGCCCUCGGACCGAUUGCGGAAGGAGGAAAAGCCCACUGGAGGUGUCGCCGCCUAUUUGGACUACGAGAUGGACCAGAUGUCCGACUUUGUGGCUGAGAUGGCCCAGGGAAUGUAUGAUUUGUACAUCACCAAGAUCAACCUAUCUGAUAUUGACUUCGCUCGAAGCGUCUGCCCAGGAACCUCGGUCCCGCCUCAAUUCCGGAAAUACGUCUAUCAGAUCUUAUCCUCGACCCGUCUUCCCAGCUCCACCAUCCUUUUGGGCCUUUACUACUUGGCCUGCAGAAUGCGCAUGCUUUCUGCCAAGAAGGUCUACGCGGCGGGCAGUGGCCAAGUUUACCGCAUGCUCACUGUUGCGCUCUUGCUGGGAAGCAAGUUCUUAGAUGACAACACCUUCCAGAACAAAUCGUGGGCCGAGGUGAGCAACAUUCCCGUGGCGGAGCUGAACUCUAUGGAACUCGACUGGCUUUUUGCGUUCGAGUGGAAGAUCCAUGACCGGAUCCACGACAAGCAAGAUGGAUUCGACUCGUGGCUUUUGCAUUGGAAGACAUGGCGUACCAAAGCAGCCGUUCGCGCUCAGGAGUCGCGUACCGUUCUGGCACCCAUUGACACCAAUAUCACUCGUGGCCCCAUGAUCAGCCACAACAGCAGCCGUAGCAGCAGCAGCAGCAGCAACAAGCAGCCUCUCAUGUCGCCCGAAGGUCCGAUUCCCCCGCAAUACCAGCGACGCUCGCCUCUUGAAAACUCGUGGCUCAACCCAACGGCAUCGGAGUAUUCGCCGCCAUCUGCUCCUCAGAGUGGCCCGACGACGCCUGAUUACUACUCCGCCAAUCCCUGGGCAUACGCGAAUGCUCCGUACUCACGCGCGUGGAUGCCGCCCCAACAAUCGUAUCUGCCGCCGUCGACGUCGCGAUCGCAAGUCCCGUCCUAUCAUCACACACCUUCCUACGGUUUGCCAUUUGCUCAGAGCGUGUGGACUGGACACGGUUCGUCCUGCGCUUGCAUGUACUGUGCCAAGCAAAUGGAUCACUACAUGUUUUCCAACGCAUUUGGCGCAAUGCAGCCGAUUAUGGCUUAAAAUGUUGCUUCUUUGAUCGCUUACUGCUUACAGCGGUAAAAUUCAUUGCUUAUUGUGCUUUCUUUGUUUAUUCUUUUCUAUCCGAAACUCUUCAAAAUUCUUUCGAUAUCUCGGUUAUGCUUUUUCUUGUUCUAUUGUCUGCGCUUCGAUGAUACCGAUUUUCUUGUUCAAUUGCCGUUUUUGUGACUAUUUCCGCAUUUUGCUCCAUUUACGGGUUUCCAACGCGCCGCUCCGCGUCGGCCGACAAAAGUAUUCUUGUGUGUUUUUGGCAAUGUCCGCGAAGCGAAAAUUGACAAAAGAGAAAAAAAAAAAAAAGAAGAAAAAAACACAUAUCUUUUUU